GUCUAACAAAAUUCGUUUGCAGUAAUGAAUGAGAAGACCUUAACACCUGAGCCACAGGCUGUGGCCGGUCCUAGUGGAGAGGCCAACAAGCGGAGACGCAGCAGCUCCAGUAACAGCAGCAACAGCAGUUCUACAAGCUCAUCCUCGUCGGACAACAAACGAAGGUGGUCCUGUCGCCACAAGCAUAAGAAAAGUAAGCGUGGCAAGCAUUCAAAACAAUUGAUGGACAAGUUAUUCAAGGAAAUGGAUGCUUCAGACCUAGCUUGGGGGGCACAACUGAAAGACCUAGCGAUCUGGGGAAGCUGGUCCCAAGAAGAACAACGGCUACACUCGAAUCAGAAAGAGAUGCUGGCCAUUUUACACGCCCUCCAGACCCAUGUUCAUUUAUUGAAGCACAGCUCGCUGCUCAUACAGUGCGACAACAAGACUGCAGUCGCUCAAUUACGGAAAGAAGGAGGUACGAAAUCCAUAUCACUAAUGAACAUAACUUACCAAAUUUUGAAAUUAUUAGACCAUCACAAAAUACACUUCAGCAUUCACUAUAUUCCGGGCAAGUACAACAAUCAUGCCGACCACCUUUCGCGUCACCGUCAACCUCCAGAGUGGCACCUACUACCGACCUGUGCGGAAAUGGUGUUUGCGAAAUGGGGUACUCCAGUGAUAGAUUUAUUCGCUUCGAAAACUGCUCACGUAGUGUACAAUUAUGUCUCUCGGGAUUUGAACGAUCACCAAGCUCUCUUUCACGAUGCGUUCAGUGUUCCAUGGGACUAUCCACUUGCGUGGGUAUUUCCCCCGCCGUUCUUAAUCCCCAAAGUUCUGGCACACCUGAAUCAGUCAACAGGAAUAUUCUUGAUAGUAGUUCCACGGUGGGAGAGAGUGUUUUGGCGCGCAGACCUCAAAGCCCGAUCCCUCGAAGCCCCGUUCACUCUGAACAAUUUGCACAAUCGUCUGAUCGACACAUCAACGGGGCUUCCACCGCAGAAAGUAGAAUCCAUGACGCUCGAAGUUUGGAGAUGUGGGGGUGGACUGAAGCUAUAA